UUAACACGCGACCUUCACCAGGCGCGUUCUGGUCAAGAUGGCGCUGGCGGCUGCUCUGCGAGUCCCGGCGCGCGUUCUGCUCCGCGCGGGGGGCCAGCUCCCGGGCGCGGCCCUCGGGCGGACAGAGCAGGCGGACGGCGGGGGAGACGGCGCGCGGCGCUUCGGGAGCCAGCGGGUGUUGGUGGAGCCGGACGCGGGCGCAGGGGUGGCUGUGAUGAAAUUGAAGAACCCCCCGGUGAACACCCUGAGCCUGGAGUUUCUGACGGAGCUGGUCAUCUGCCUGGAGAAGCUGGAGAGUGACAGGAGCUUCCGCGGUGUCGUCCUGACCUCCGACUGCCCGGGUGUCUUCUCGGCAGGCCUGGACCUGACAGAGAUGUGUGGGAGGAGCCCCGCCCACUAUGCCGAGUUCUGGAAGGCAGUGCAGGAGCUGUGGCUGCGGUUCUACCAGUCCAACCUGGUGCUGGUCUCCGCCAUCAAUGGAGCCUGCCCUGCUGGAGGCUGCCUGAUGACCCUGACCUGUGACUACCGUGUCCUGGCAGACAACCCCAGGUACUGCAUAGGACUCAACGAGACCCAGCUGGGUAUCGUCGCCCCUUUCUGGUUCAAAGACACCCUGGAGAACGUCAUCGGGCACCGGGCGGCCGAGCGUGCGCUGCAGCUGGGGCUACUUUUCCCACCGGCAGAGGCCCUGCAGGUGGGCAUAGUGGACCAGGUGGUCCCAGAGGAGCAGGUGCAGAGCACUGCGCUGUCAGCGAUAGCCCAGUGGAUGACCACACCAGACCAUGCUCGACAGCUGACGAAGGCCAUGAUGCGAAAGGCCACAGCCAGCCGCCUGAUCACGCAGCGUGAUGCGGACGUGCAGAACUUCGUCAGCUUCAUCUCCAAAGACUCCAUCCAGAAGUCCCUGCAGCUGUACUUAGAGAGGCUCAAAGAAAAGAAACGCUAAUGGCUGGGCUGCCACAGACUUACAGCCAUGCGUGCCCCUCUGGGUCCCAGGGUGGUCUUAAACAAGGCAUUUUUCAACUUCAAA